AUGCAUCUAUCGAGUGAAGUGAGUUCUACGACGAAUGGGCUGGGGCAUGAGGCACCGUCUUCCAGUUAUGGGCUGCCGAGUCAGCCGUUGACGGCUGAGUUGCUGGCAGAGAGGACCUUGGAAGGAUUGCUGGCUGAUCAUCCCGGAGAACUGGUGAAGACUGGAAGUCCACAUGUUGUGUGUACAGUUCUGCCGCCUCACUGGAGAUCGAAUAAGACUUUGCCGGUCGCCUUCAAAGUAGUCGCUUUGGGGGAGGUCGGAGACGGAACCCUGGUCACGGUCAGGGCUGGCAACGACGAGAACUGCUCAGCGGAGCUGCGGAACUGUACCGCUGUUAUGAAGAAUCAGGUCGCCAAGUUCAAUGACCUAAGGUUCGUGGGGAGGAGUGGGAGAGGUAAAUCUUUCACCCUGACGAUCAUGUUGGCCACGUCCCCCCCUCAAGUGGCGACGUACCAGAAGGCGAUCAAAGUGACCGUGGACGGCCCUCGGGAACCCAGGUCUAAGACCCGCCAUCAUGGAUUUCAUCCCUUCCACUUCGGUCCAAGAUUCGCGCCGGAUCCUCUCAUGGGUUCGCUGCCAUUUAAAUUGUCAGGCAUUGCUCACCAGCUGGCAGGACUUCCAGGCGGAGAGUGGGGGGCAUUAGCCCGACAUUACCCACCACCUCUGCUGCCCACACAUCCACAUUUUACACCGCAUGUUCUGCCACCAGCGCACACGCAGCCGCCACACCCUCCACCUCCACCUCCUCAAGAGCCAGAUGUUGCAUCAGAAAAUCCCACGACAAUGCACGCACACAGCACCACAAGUCCUGCGAACUCCCGGCCGAGUUCGCCUCAAGAUGAUGAUAUUUCAGUCACGGCUUCCAGCAGCCCGCCUCCUGACGACCGUCCUGGGGCAUUCACCUCAGUAGCCAGAACGAGAAAGCCGCUGCAACCGCUUCCAGCCCCGUCCAGCCUAUUCCACAGCGCUUUAGCAGCUCAAUUAUUCCUCAAUUCUCCACUGUUACCGACCCCACCAGCGUGGCUGUAUUCCCAACUAUACGGAGGCUACGACUGGUGGUUAAGACCGCCCCCGCCUCAAGAAGACUCAAGUUCGAGUCCGGAUAGAGAAGAAGAGGGUUCAACGACAUCGGGAACGGGAAAGAAAAGGUUGGCAUCUCCAGAAUGGACUGAUCAAGAAGUCAGAACUCGGAGCAAAUCCCUCAUAACCCAGGAAAGAAGACCUGUUGAUGUGUGGCGUCCUUACUAG